GGUGGAGUGGCCGGAAAUGAAUGCCUCACUUUUCGAAACAAUGGUAUACUUUCCGAAUCCCGUCUUCUUCCUCAACCGCAACCGCCGACCAUGAUCUCAGUCAUCGUUGCCAGGAGGCUGAUAUCACUUCAAGGCGAAAUAGUCGAUGCAGCUUGCGUCAACACCUCAGCCGACCGACAAGUCACGCCUUCGACAUCUGCCUCUGGAGACAGUGUACUCCUUGUACAAAGAAGCUUUGAUGCCAGUUUUCGACCGGACCUUGUGGGGAAACAGGCAUGCAUUGGCUUUAAUGGGACCGAUUUCAAAGCUGUAGACUGCGCCGCUACGGGUACACAAUUUGUCAGCCUUGUGGGAGGAGCGCUCAAAUCUGGAACUGCGUGCCAAAGUGGUCACGAUGGAGCAGCCCAAUUGACUGUGGAUUCCACAGGCACUAAAUGUGUGGGGGUAACUUUGACUACUGUCACGCCAACAGCUCCCUAAGCAGGUACGGCUCGUUUGUUGCUCUGACGUUUGGAUAUCUCGACGGUAAUUCCAAGGAUCAUCAUCAGACUUAAACCUCGUGGCCAUGGCAAAAUUGUAUGAGAG